UUCAUAAAAACGAUAUUUGUUGUGUAAAGUUCUCAUGUGCAAACGUUUUAAAUUAGGGUAUUAGUGUUUGUUUUAAAAUACAAAUCUGCAAAGAAUACUUGUAGUUUGUGGCUUGUGCAUUUAUUAAUUACGAUGUCCACUACUGCAGUGAAAGAAGUUGGUGAAUUUAAAUUGGGAAAAUUAAUAAUCGAAGGUAAAACCAAGCAAGUUUAUGAUGUUCCUUCACUUCCCGGACAGUGCAUUUUGCUGAGCAAAGAUAGGAUAACAGCAGGCGAUGGAGUAAAGGCUCAUGACUUAGUGGGAAAAUCUGUAAUCUCAAACCAAACGACCUGCAAAGUCUUCGAAAUAUUGAAUAAAGUCGGAAUUAAGACGUCUUUCCUCAAAGAAGUGGCCGGCAAUGCGUUCCUGUCGAAAAAAUGUGACAUGAUCCCUAUCGAGUGGGUCACCCGCCGCCUUGCAACGGGAUCUUUCUUAAAACGACACCCUGGGGUUAAGGAAGGUUAUCGUUUUAACCCACCGAAGCAUGAGACUUUCUUUAAAGAUGAUGCCAAUCACGACCCCCAAUGGUCACAAGAACAGAUUAUCUCCGCAGGGUUCAAGGUUAACGGCUUGCUGAUUGGCAAGAUAGAAGUCGACUUUAUGACCAAGACUUCAAUCCUCGUAUUCGAAGUUUUAGAAAAGGUUUGGCAAACGAGGGAUUGUGCCCUCAUAGACAUGAAAAUAGAAUUUGGCGUCGAUUCCUCUGGCGAAAUCCUUGUUGCCGAUGUUAUUGAUUCGGACAGUUGGCGACUGUGGCCCUCGGGCGACAAAAGACUGAUGGUAGACAAACAGGUCUACAGAAAUCUCUCCACAGUCACCGAAAAAGACUUGGAUACGGUAAAACGUAACUUCGAAUGGGUGGCCGACCAACUGGACCAUCUGAUACCCCCAAAUGACCAUCUCGUAGUGAUCGUAAUGGGAAGCCCUUCAGAUAAAGAACACUGCCAUAAAAUUAAGAAAUACUGCGAGGGAUUGGGAUUGAAUGCGGAGAUUAGAGUUACGUCGGCACACAAAACCACGCAGUACACUUUAGAAAUUGUCAGUUAUUACGAAGGGUUGAAUUUACCAAUUGUUUUCAUAGCCGUCGCGGGCAGGUCGAACGGGUUAGGACCUGUUAUUUCAGGUAACACUGAUUUUCCAGUGAUUAAUUGCCCACCCGGACCUAAGGACGAUCUUAGUCGAGACGUUUGGUCCAGUUUAAAUGUGCCCUCUGGAUUGGGCUGUACCACUGUGAUUUACCCGGAAACGGCAGCUUUGGCCGCCGCACAGUCUAUUGCGUUAACGAAUUACAUUGUUUGGAGCAAGCUGAGGGUCAGGAGAUUGGGAUUUUUCAGAUCUCUAACGAAAGCAGAUCAAGAAGCAAAGAACUAAUUUUUCUAUAUGUCUACUGUUCUUAUUUUUUAUAAAAUGUAUUAAAAAUAUAAAUUUUUUAAAUGCUAUUAAUAAUUAUGAUUUUUAAAAACGAA